UCCGCCUCACCCUCUUGAGCGCGGGCCGCGCGCCGCCCCCCGCGGCGGCCAGGCAGCAGCCGGGCUGGUUCUCACAGUUGCUGUCCCCUCGCCUGAGGCGCUGCAGGAGGCCGGAGGGCAGCCGCCGGGGGUCUUCGGCGCCCGACGAGAUGCGAGCCAGGAAGGGCGGCGGCGCCGUGGUGGUGACCAUGGUGGGACGCGGGGACCCGGAGCUGUGGAGGGGAGAGGGGUCGGGGGGCCGGGGAGCGGCUGCCGGGGCUUUGUGGGCUGAGAUGGUGGCGCGAUCGGGGCUGCUGCUAGGAGAACAUGGCGGGGGAGUGAGGGGAGCAGCCAGCAGCGCCCUGUGUUGUUACACCGCCGGGCCACGCCCCCUUCCGCCAUCCGGCCAAUCGUCGCGCUGGAACGCCGCGAGCGGCACGCCUCUCCGGCGGGCACAGCCAAUCCCCGCGAGCCGGCCGCAGCUCAGGCCCCGCCUCGGCCAAUCGGAAGCGACACAAACAGUCGUGGCCCCGCCCGCUUCCGCAGGCCGCCCAAUCCGCGCGGACACAAACAAGGGGCACUCCCCAGUCUCCGAGUCCCGGGCCCGCAGUGCGAGCGAAGGGGCGGGGCCAGCCGCUCCCCUCGCCAGCACCGCCGGCCAAUGGCGGGGCACGCGAAAGCCCGGAGGCCACGCCCCCGAAGGCCCCGGAGCCAAUCGGAGGCGACGUAAACAGGCGGCGGCGGCGCCCGCGGGGGGCGGCGGCGCGCUCCCGGCUAGGCACGCGGGGGCCGCCAUGGAGCCGCCGGCACCGGGCGCUGAGGGGGCACCGGGGAGCCCGGCCCCGGCCCCGGCCGAGGAGGGAGCGGAGCGGGACGAGCGGAGCCUGGAGGCGCUGAGCCUGGCCGCCGGCGGCACCGGAGCGGCGGCAGCAGCGGCGGCGGCGGCGGCGGGGCGGCCGCAGCCCCCCCCGGAGGGCCGCCGGGCGACGCUGGCGAGCGCCCUGGAGCUGGAGGGGACGGUGCUGCGCGAGGGGCGGCUCACGCAGUUCGUGGCCAACAACCUGGAGCGGCGGAUCCGCCUGAGCGGCGCCCCGCGGGGCGAGCAGCCGGGGCCGGGCCCUGGGCCGGGAGCCGGGGCCGGGGCCGGGGCCAGCUCCAUCCCCGCCAUCGACCCCGGGGCGCUGCAGGACGUGGUGGCCCUGGCCGGGCAGGUGGCGGCGCAGGUGGACGAGCUGCUGCGGGCCGUGCACUGCGGGCUGCAGGCCCUGACGGCGCUCAGCGUCGGCUGCAUCCAGACCUACCGCGACGGCGUGGAGAGCCUGGGCGAGGCGGCCGACCUCAGCAUCCGCGCCAUGUACGCGCUGGUGGCCCGCUGCGAGGAGCUGGACCGCGCCAUGCAGCCCGUGCCCGCCCUGGCCAAGCGCAUCCGGGACAUGAAGGGCACCCUGGAGCGCCUCGAGGGGCUCUGCAAGUAGCGCCGCACCCGUGGCACCCGCUACUGCACGGUGGGCGCGACUGAGCGGGUCAGGCCGCCUGCCCGUGGCCUCUCAAAGCUGGCCCCGGAGCCGGUCUCAGCCCCCCGGCUUCGUACGUGGUGCCUUCGGGCCCCCUGCCCGGGCCUGGCCUGCCCUCACGGCCGGCCACAGCCUUGGGCUGGAGGAAGCUUGGCAACCGGUGAAGGAAAAGGGUCUCGGUGUAAACGGCGUGGUGAACCGCCCGCAGCGCUCCGUAGCUUAAGCUCCAUUAAAGAGUUUGGAUUCCACAUGCCUUACGCUUGCUGUUUAUUGAGGGCUAGGGAAAACUAACCAACCUGAAUCAGAAGCAGCUGUCAGUAUUUAUUUUUGACCAAAACUGAAGUUGUUGUGAACGCUUUCUUGAUGUUUACAGGCGUACGUGGGUCUUUGUAGUUGACACUUAGUGCCUGACUGAAGUAAUUCUCGUGCUGUUACAGUUAACAAACGUGGAGAACGCUGCUGUCUCUUACAGGACGCAGUUGUAAGGGAAGACAAGUCUGAAGAAAAUUCAAUUCACCAAAACACUUACUCUCUGAGAAUAAUAUAAAAUCCACGGGAUAGAAUUGCGAUCCGGUUAAGAGCAAUGCUAGAUACAAAAUACUAAAUAAAAGCCUUCAGUUAAAAUA